GCGGGCGCGACGUGCCGUUCUGGAGCCUCAGAAGUCAGAUGGGAUGCUGGAGGGACUGCCGUAAGAACGACCGCAUCGCAUCGUGUUAACCCCAGCAGCUCGAUCUUGGGAUCCACCACACCCUGCCAUACCGUUAUCUGCAAAGGCACCUUAGGGCAAGCAGGCAAGGCCUCUGAGGAGGGCCAGAGAGUCCAAGAUGGCCUUUGCCAGGUCCGCCAGUGGACCAGCUGGUCUGAGCAUCAAUACCGGAGCAGCCAACCUGUUCGGAAGCACUUCGAGUCAGCCUCCACCUGCCGGAUCCAUCCCGGCCAGUGCACAACCAUCCACGCAAACAAACAGCCUUUUUGGCGGCAACACCAUAACCUCCCAGCCUCAAGCCCAGACGCCCUCCCUCUUCGGUGGCAACCUCAACCAACAGCAGCAGCAGCAGCAGCAGCAGCAGCAGCCCCCCGGCGGCGGAGGCGGCGGUCUGUUCGGAGCAAGCAUGGCGGCAUCGUCACAGCCCAGCCUGUUUGGCUCCAACACUGCAACAGCAGCCACGGGUGGAGGAGGAGGAGGAGGAGGCCUGUUUGGCGGCAUGGCAACUUCUCAACCCCAACAGACGGGCGGCGGCCUCUUCGGCUCAACCGCCACAUCCACAGCUCAGCCGUCACAAGGAGGUGGCGGGGGAUUGUUCAACGCUGCUGCGACCCAGUCCACCCCAGCGGCAGGCGGGGGGCUGUUCGGCAAUACCCAGAAUGCCGCAGCCUCUUUAUUUGGCGGUGGCGCCGGAAACACCAACAGUGGGACGUCGAGUUUGUUUGGACAAAAGCCAGCACAGCCCGGUGGCCUCUUUGGCGGCCAGGCUGCUACCCAGCCAGCUCAGGCCACAUCUGGCGGCCUCUUCGGUGGCGGCCUCAACAAACCCACAAACCACCCGCAGCAGUCGAACCCUACCCUGGGUGCGACCAUGAACCCACAGGUCGUCCCGGGCGUGCGCAUCGAUCUUUCCAACAUGAAGUCCACCACGCGAUUCAACGACCUGCAUGAAGACAUCCAAAAAGGGAUAGCCGACAUCGAUAGGUUCAUCCAGAGCUGCAUGUCCCAGAAGGACCAGCUCGACGCUUUCAUGCCCGCACACGGCGAGCAACUCUCUGCCAUCCCGGGCGAUGUACGCUUCGUCGGUAGGAAAUACGCCGCCGUUGACUUGGCGCUGGGUGCAGACCUGCACGCCAUCAAGCAGAUGCGCGACCUGGUCAAGUCGGACGCGGAGGAGGCAAAGCUGAGCUUCUCGGCGGUCGACAACCUGAUGCUCCCAAGCCAGUACCACGUCAACAACGCCCCGGGCUUUUUCGGGAGCUCCAACAGGGGCGGCUCGGGCGGCGACGGCAAGGGAGGCGACGAUGACGACAAGACGGCGUCUGAUCUGGUCGGCUACUUCUCCAAGCAGGUCGACGAGAUGGAUGAACAGAUCAAGCGCUUCCAGAAGAACGUCCGCGAGAUCGAGAUGCACCUCGGCGGCGUACAGCAGAGCGUCAUGGACCAGGCGAGUCGGCUGCAGAAUGGCGGUGGUGGCCUUGGUGCUGGGUCGGCCGAGGAGAAGCAGAUGGAGCUUUAUGCGGUGCUGAGGGACUUUGAAGAGAGCAUCCUGCAGGUUGCGAGUGGGAAGGGGGCCGAAUGGGGUACACUGAGCCACGUCUGA